AUGUCCGAUGGCAGUGUUCACAAGGUCCAGAGCUCCAGAAGGGCACAUCCGACCUUUCAUUUUUUUGCCGGCCUGACCUCUGGCGUAUCAAGCGCCGUCCUACUGCAACCAGCCGACCUGCUAAAGACCAGAGUCCAGCAAUCACACUCCUCGUCCCUCCUCACCGUCUUGCGAUCGAUCCUCUCUGGUCCUCAUCCUGUAGCCGGUUUGUGGCGAGGGACCGUCCCUUCUGCGCUACGGACAGGCUUCGGAUCUGCCUUGUAUUUCACCUCGCUCAGCUCUUUGCGUCAAAUACUUGCCAACAACACUGUGAGGGGAACCGGAGAUGGAGCAUCCCUACAGAGAAAGAGCAGCUCAGUACUGCCAAAGCUUUCGAAUAUACAAAAUCUCAUAACGGGCGCAACCGCGAGAGUGUUUGCGGGACUCAUUAUCAUGCCGGUGACUGUGAUUAAGGUGCGCUACGAAUCAGACCUGUAUGCAUACAAGUCUGUGGCUUCUGCGACAAGAUCGAUUUUUGCGCAGGAAGGCCUGAAGGGAUUCUUCUCUGGCUUUGGCGCCACAGCCAUCCGGGACGCGCCGUAUGCAGGCUUAUACGUGCUCUUCUAUGAAGCAAGCAAAACACAUCUGAACAAAGUCUUCCCGCUCCAUACCGCGGCGACGAGUCACGACCAUACACGUCCUUCAGCAUCGACUGCGGCAUCGAUCAACGCUACAAGCGGCGUCAUCGCGGCAGGGCUAGCGACGAGCAUCACCAAUCCUUUCGAUGCUGUGAAGACGAGGUUGCAGCUGAUGCCACACAAGUAUGGGAAUACGUGGAAAGCGGCACGGUUGAUGCUCAAAGAGGAUGGAAUAAAAAGUUUUUUUGAUGGACUCGCAUUGAGGAUGGGCAGGAAGGCAAUGAGCUCCGCGCUGGCAUGGACCGUGUAUGAGGAGCUUAUAGGACGAGCAGAGCGCUUUGUCGCGAGGCAUGAUGAGGAGAGGGCGGCAGUGUGA